CGGGCUCUUGCCAUCCGCUUAAUAAUUCAUCAGGUCGGUCUCUGAGCUUUGAGCCUGCAGCGCUCACUAACUUUUCCCCCUCUAACUUUCGCAGCAGUCGUCUGUUUCAGCAUCUCUCCUUUUACACUUCAUACGGUUGGCACAGAGGCAGAGGAAAACAGGUUCAGGCACAUUAUGAGCAUCUUGUCUGUGUUUGUGCGUGUGUGUGAGAGUGUGUGAGGACAGGGGGUGAAAGGUGUGUGUGUUAUCUGGGAGUCCUGCUCAUCUCAUCCUUGAACUUGGAACCCAUUGUUAAAAGCGCAGCUCUUGUGGGACUGGACGAGUGAGAGGCGGCGUGAGAAGCACUCUGGAGGGCACGGAGAGACUCGUAUGGGACGUACGUCUCGUCUGGUGAAAGCAGUGUUUGGGCUGUUGUAGGGGCUGUCUGUGCCCCUUGGAUUCUCUCUCAUCAUGGCUGGCUGUACCAGCCGCUGCAGACAGGGGUUCCUAAAGCUCAUUCAGUCCCUUCAGAGGCUUGUCUCUGGAACCCUCAGCAAAGAUAAGGUAGAUGAUGAAUUAGAGAUGACAAUGGUCUGCCAUCGGCCGGAGGGUCUCGAGCAGCUUGAGGCGCAGACAAACUUCACCAAGCAAGAGCUACAAGUCCUUUACAGAGGCUUCAAAAAUGAGUGUCCAAGUGGAGUAGUGAAUGAGGAGACAUUUAAACACAUUUAUGCACAGUUUUUUCCACAUGGAGAUGCCAGUACAUAUGCACAUUAUCUCUUCAAUGCGUUUGACACCAGAAAUAAUGGAUCCAUAAAGUUUGAGGACUUUGUAAUGGGACUAUCUACUCUACUGCGGGGAACGGUCAGAGAGAAACUGGAAUGGACAUUUUAUCUCUAUGACAUUAACAGAGAUGGAUUUAUCAAUAAGGAGGAAAUGACAGAGAUAGUGAGGGCCAUCUAUGACAUGAUGGGGAAGUACACGUAUCCGGCUUUAAAGGGGGAUGUACCAAAGCAGCAUGUGGAUGCCUUCUUUGAGAAAAUGGACAAAAACAAAGAUGGAGUUGUGACAUUGGAGGAGUUUGUGCUUGCCUGUCAGGAGGAUGAAAACAUGAUGAGAUCCAUGCAGCUCUUUGAAAAUGUGAUGUAGAGAAGCUCCACCAGAAGAAGAAAAGAACCAAACAGAGACUGGGAAACAGAACGCAAUAGGGAUUUUACAUUUAAAUAUAUAUUUGUUAUAUUUCGCUGAACUGAGUUCUGGGGGAAUAUGAUGGGAUGAGAGGAAUGAGAGUCUGUGGGAUUUGUUUUUCUCUCUCUCUAUUCAAACCUUGUAACAUAUUCAGUGUUGUUUCUCGCUGGUGUUUUGGGAAAUUGCCAGCCAAGAAUCCACUUUGUUCCAGCCACAGAAGACUACAUAUGUUUGAAAUGCACUGUGCAUUUCCUGACUAGCGGGUGCUGAUGAUCAACAUCCUUCCUCCCUACGAAAAAAAGGAAAACCACUCGCAAUUGUUUUUCAUUUGCUGGAACCUAGAGCUCAGGACAUUUGGUGUACUGGAAGUGCAUCCAGGAGGAACUACAGCCUCCUUUGCUUGCUUUCUUUGGCAGAAAUGCUUGCAUGAGAAAAAAAAAACAGCAGAUGUGUUCCCAAUGAGUUGCUUGAAAAUAAUGCUGGCCUUCAAAAUAUUUAAUUUUAUGAUUUAUUCAUGAAUGACAUGAGGUUUAGAGGAUUCUUAAUUUGAUGUUGAUUCUGUCUUGUGUUCUCAGUGUUGUUUGUUAGUAAUUGCUGUUUCAAGUCUGCCUAAUGUAUGUCUAUCUGUUUCAGUACUUACUAAGCUGUUUUUGCCCAACAGAUCAUAGUAAAUAAGGUGGGACAGAAGUUAAGUGUGUGUGUGUGUGUGUGUGUGUGUGUGUGUGUGUGUGUGUGUGUGUGUGUGUGUGUGUGUGUGUGUGCGUGUUUGUCUAAGUAUGGAAGUAAGUGAGGAGUAUUAAGGAAACUACAAAAAUCACAACUGUAUUCAAACCCAACAAAUGACAAUCUAGUCCCUGGAUACCCUUCUGUCCCCAGAUACAUCUGUGUAGUUUAAAGAAGGACAAGACAAUGUUUGUAAAAAGGGGAAAAAUCCAGAUAAACCACAUGAAAUAAAGAAAAACUAUAAUUAUUUAUGGGUCAGGGUCGUAGGACAUAUAAGCUAUGUAUAUACUUGUAAGUAUGGUGCCACAUGAAGAAAUGUCAGAUACAAACUGUGAAAAUGAAGUAUUCUGUGCAAUUCAAAUCUCAGUUAAAACCGAUUAAAAAAUAAUUGUGGAAUAGCA